AUGGCACUUGGCGAAAUAAAUUGGUUGAUUUCCUCUAACCCAAGGGUCAGAUUAGUCCACAAAUCAUCGGGAGUUCAACGCCCCGAUGGUUGGAUGGCCUCGGUUUUGCGUGCGAAAUGGUGGCCCUCAUUUACUGGAGAGCUUGGAUGGGCGUUGCGUCAUAUUUCUAAAUUUGAAGACCUUGAAGCCUUUGAACGGGAAGACAUGAUGAAAAUGACAUCGGAGCAUCACAACAUUCUGCCUCAACCAAUUGUGGUUGGUCAGCAUGAGGGCGACACCCAAAAAGGAAUCGACACUCUACUGUACUGGCUAACAGACCUCCACACAGGGUCCAACCUCUGCUCAGUGAUGUCCAGAUAUGGAGAAGGUCUGGCUUUGGAAUGGGCUUUCCGGAGCAAUAACUACGGACUUCUUUUUCUUCUCCUGGCUACAUGGGCAGAACUAGGCAAGCAGGAGCCUGUCCUUGUGUACAUGGCAUAUUUAUUAGCCGUCAAAUACCGGUCCGACGUCGCAGUCCGGAUUCUUUCGCGGGCUGGCGCUUUUAUAAAUGCUAAGGAUUUGCAAGGCUACUCGGCUUUGACUAGAUCACACGAAUCCAACGACAGGAUAGCAGUGAAGAUGCUAGAGGCUCAUGGAGCUUCCUUUGGUAAGGUACCACCAAUCCGUGGGGUCACUUGA